UAAUCAGCCGCUACACACUCAUUGGGCGCUGUGGCUCUGCAAAUCAAUCGUCAACAAUGGCGUUCGCCUCUUCCCUCUCUCCAUCCUAUUCCGUACCGUCUCUUGUUCCUAAGCCCAAGAAUUCCAUCACAACGCUCAACAAGAUCUACCCUUUCUCUUUCCCCCACCGCGCCCCCAUUUUCAGAGUGAGUUGCAGUUCUCAGUUACAAGGAAGGGACUCGUCGAAUUUUAAUCUGUUUGCUUCAGUCAAUAGUGCAGAUGUUUUACUGGACGAUGCUGUCGAGCAAGUUAGAGUUCCAAAAGGUGACACUUGGUCCAUUCAUAAAUUUGGGGGCACCUGUGUUGGAACUUCUGAAAGAAUACAAAAUGUUGCAAACAUUGUUGUGAAGGAUGAGUCGCAGAGAAAACUGGUUGUCGUGUCUGCAAUGUCAAAGGUGACGGAUAUGAUGUACGAUCUCAUACAAAAGGCUCAGGCUCGGGAUGAUUCCUAUGUAACAGCCAUGGAUGCUGUUCUGGAGAAGCACCAGUUGACAGCAACUGAUCUGCUCAAGGGAGAUGAUCUGAAUAAAUUCUUGGCACGGUUGCAUGAGGAUGUAAAUAACCUGAAGGCAAUGCUGCGUGCAAUAUACAUUGCUGGUCACGCAACUGAAUCUUUUUCCGACUUUGUGGCUGGAUAUGGUGAGUUAUGGUCUGCAGAGUUACUGUCUUCGGUUAUCAGAAAGAGUGGGUUAAAAUGUGCUUGCAUGGACACUAGAGAUGUCCUCAUAGUAAACCCUACAAGUUCUGAUCAAGUUGACCCAGAUUACGUGGAGUCAGGUCGAAGACUAGAUAAGUGGUACUCCAAAAAUUCAUCUGACAUAAUUGUUGCGACUGGUUUUAUUGCCAGUACACCUGAGAAUAUUCCCACAACUUUGAAGCGAGACGGAAGCGACUUUUCUGCUGCCAUCAUGGGUGCCCUGUUCAAAGCACGUCAAGUCACAAUCUGGACAGAUGUGGAUGGUGUCUACAGCGCAGAUCCCAGAAAAGUUAGUGAGGCUGUGGUUUUGAACAAGUUGUCUUAUCAGGAGGCAUGGGAAAUGUCAUACUUUGGAGCAAAUGUUUUACACCCUCGAACAAUCAUUCCUGUCAUGAAAUACGACAUUCCAAUUGUGAUAAGAAAUAUUUUCAACCUCUCUGCACUGGGGACAACAAUCUGCCGACCUGCUGACAAUGAAUGUGAAGAUGGGUUGGGAUCUGCUGUUAAAGGGUUUGCAACAAUCGACAAUUUGGCCCUUGUAAAUGUUGAAGGAACUGGAAUGGCUGGGGUUCCAGGUACUGCUAGUGCUAUUUUUAGCGCUGUGAAAGACGUCGGAGCAAAUGUGAUUAUGAUAUCCCAGGCCAGUAGUGAGCAUUCUGUGUGUUUUGCUGUGCCUGAAAAAGAAGUCAGGGCUGUUGCUGCAGCGUUAGAGUCUAGAUUUCGUGAGGCUUUGAGUGCUGGUCGUCUUUCUCAGAUAAUCUCGUGUUCAUUGAAUUCAUUCUUUGAUGUUGGAAGGUUUACCUCAUUGUUUGAAGUACUUAAUUUGUUUGAAAACAUAUCACGGGUCCUCUGUCAUUUGAAAAAGGAUAGUAAUUUGUAGUAUUUGAAGCUGAGAACUCUUCAACGACAGUCGUACACUCAUUACUUUUACGAAGCAACUGUUGGAGCUGGUUUACCAAUCAUUAGCACUUUGCAAGGACUCCUUGAAACUGGGGAUAAAAUAUUACAAAUUGAAGGCAUUUUUAGUGGGACUUUAAGUUACAUAUUUAACAACUUCGAGGGUGCACGAGCAUUUAGUGAAGUGGUGAAGGAGGCAAAAGAGGCAGGUUAUACCGAACCUGAUCCAAGAGACGAUUUAUCUGGGACAGAUGUUGCUAGAAAGGUGAUAAUCCUUGCCCGAGAAUCUGGAUUGAAGCUGGAACUAUCAGACAUUCCCAUUCAGAGUCUAGUGCCGGACCAACUGAAGGAUGUUGCAUCGGCUGAGGAGUUUAUGGAGCAGCUCCAUAAGUACGAUCCAGACCUCGCGAAGCAAAGGCAGGAGGCUGAAGCUACUGGAGAAGUCUUGAGAUACGUUGGAGUAGUGGAUGUCGUCAACCAGAAAGGAACAGUUGAGCUGCGGAGAUAUAAGAAGGAGCAUCCGUUUGCCCAACUUUCUGGAUCUGACAACAUAAUAGCAUUCUCAACUCAGAGGUACGAGAAGCAGCCACUGAUUGUUCGUGGCCCUGGUGCUGGAGCUGAGGUGACGGCUGGUGGAGUAUUCAGCGACAUAUUGCGCCUUGCAUCAUAUCUUGGUGCACCAUCGUAAGUUCAAUGACAGCUGAUCUUGAACUGGAUGAAGGGUUAUAAUUAAACCAGUUUAUGCCUGCCUUUUUGUAUCUCUUCCCUGUCCAAGCCCGAGCCCUAAACCCUAUUCCCAUGAGUUUUCGUGGCCUCAAUGAGUGGCAUAACUACUGUAACUUCAUAAGCAGAUCAUGUUGAGUAAGUCUUCAUAGUGAUGUUUGAUGCUUUUAAGAGCAAGUACUAAGUAACUUGUAUUCAACGAUGACUAAGAUAGUUGAGGUAUCCUAGAGGAAUGGGGUUGUAUGUCUGGCUAA